UAGCCGGCAACAGCGCCUCUUUGCCCCCGCCCAGCGAUGGGGAGCAGCGGGUCGGCAUUGAGGGUCUGUGCGGACCACCGCGGGGGCAUCAACUGGCUGAGUCUGAGCCCCGACGGGCAGCGCCUGUUGACGGGCAGCGAGGACGGAACGGCUCGCCUCUGGAGCACCGCAGACGGCCAGUGCUGCGCGCUCCUGCAAGGUCACGAGAGCUAUGUGACCUUCUGCCAGCUGGAGGAUGAAGCCGCCUUCACCUGCAGUGCUGACUGCACCAUCCGGAGGUGGGACGUUAGGACCGGGCAGUGUCUGCAGGUGUACCGAGGGCACACAUCCAUCGUGAACAGGAUCCUUGUUGCAGAUGACCAGCUCUUCAGCAGUUCCUAUGACCGGACAGCACGGGCGUGGACUGUGGACAAAGAGCAAGUGUCCAAGGAGUUCCGGGGCCACCGCAACUGUGUGCUGACACUAGCCUACUCUGCCCCCAAGGACCUGCCCAGUGAUCCCUGCUUGGAGGCAGCCAUGGGCGGUGGGCUCCUAGUGACUGGCAGCACGGAUGACACAGCCAAGGUGUGGCAGGUGGCCAGUGGCUGCUGCCACCAGACCCUUCGGGGCCACACAGGCGCGGUGCUGUGCCUGGUGCUGGAUGUUUCCAGCCACACGGCCUUCACAGGCAGCACCGAUGCCACCGUCCGAGCUUGGGAUAUCCUGAGCGGGGAGCAGCUGCGGGUUUUCCGAGAGCACCAGGGCUCUGUCAUCUGUCUGGAGCUCACAGACCGGCUCUUGUACACGGGCAGUGCAGACAGGACUGUCAAGUGCUGGCUGGCUGACACUGGGGAGAGGGUGCGCACGUUUCCGGCACACAGACACAGCGUGAGCGCCCUCAAGUACCAUGCUGGCACCUUGUUCACAGGCAGUGGGGAUGCCUGCGCCCGGGCCUUUGAUGCCCAGUCAGGAGUGCUGCAGAGGGUGUUCCGAGGCCACACCUUUGUCAUCAACUGCCUCCAGGUCCAUGGUCAGGUGCUCUACACAGCAUCUCAUGACGGUGCUCUGCGUCUCUGGGAUGUACGUGGACUCCAGUCGGUGCCACCUUCGCCACGCAGAGCAGCAGCCAAGCGCAGCCUAUCGCGCCUCUUUAGCAACAAGGUGGCCUGUGCAGCCCCAGUGCCCCUGCAGCCGGCCUGAGUCCCUGGAGAGGAGAUGGCCAGAGUCUGGGCCUGGCUUGUUUCUCUAUCCUUAGGCUU